AAUUUAAGCCUUUUUCUUAUUUACUUCCAUCACUGCUGAAACCAUUAAUUUAAGCAGAAAAACCCAUCUGAUAUUGGGUUUUGAUUGGUUUAAUUAGAUUUUCAAGAAACGACUUUUCUAUCAUUGAUGCAUGUCGCAGUUAUGUCUUACAAGGUCAGCUUCAUUUGAUUUUUUUUUUACCGUUUGUUUAAGUUGCUGAUUUAAAAAAUGGGUAGAGGGAGAGGAAAAGGUAAGAAACAAUCGGCUAUUGCUGCUCGUGAUGAUGUUGGAAGCGGCGAGGAUGAGAAGAUACCAUCUAGGAGAAGAGGAAGGCCACAAAAACCAUUGAAGGAUGAAUUUGAGGAAGAAGAUGAAGUCAAGAAGAUAGAAGAAGAGGAAGAAAAUGGCCAGGAUUCGAAAAGUUCCGCAUUGAAUAGAAGUACUAAGAAUCUAGCUGCUGCAGAGAAAGGCCGAAAAAGGAUAAGGCCUUCUCAAGUCAAUGAAAAUGCAGAUUUAGUGAAAGAGGAAAAUGGCGUGGGAAUCAAAACUAACGCUCCUGACUUGAUCAAGUCCGUUGGGUUCAGACCAAAUAGAAGCAGGAGGAAAAAUAAGCCUAGGCGUGCUGCUGAAGUCGGUGUUGAGUGCAAAUGAAGUUUUUGUUUCACAGAAUUGAGUUGUUCCCUUCAUACAUGGGGGUUUCAAAUUCAGUAUUUCCUUAAUCUUUUUUAUGUCUUUUUCUUGUGCCUUUCAGAAGUUCUCAUAAAUUGAUGUGUUUUAGCUAUGACGUGAGACUGGGGCAAGUAGUUUGUGGUUCUGGUAUUAGAUUUAUAGCUAGUUUCUCUAUAUGAGUAUUUUGUGCUGAAUAUUUGUAAUCCUUUGCUCCCAUAACUCCAUUAUAUGUUGUAUUUUUGUGUCUGUUUUAUGCUGUAAUCUGGUGAAAAGCUUCUGUCUUGACUCUCCAAUUUUGUCCUAUGAGAAUUUCUAGUUAACACAGUGUUAAGAUA